AUUUUCAGACUUGACCUCAAGCAGUUGGUACUGUAGUGGCGCACUGUCAAGUGGUGAUAUUUCAGGGCAAGAUAAGUUGCAGCGUUACCAAAUGGGAGUUUAAAAGUUGUGUCUGCUGACUUCCGACCUCGUGUCUUUUACUAAAAUAUCAUCAAGCUGAGAAUCUAGAUCUUCAGUCACUGCUGUCCCUAAACUGCAACUCGUGUCCGCCUCCAAGGCACAGGUGGAGCAGCCAUGUCCACCGGCUCUGCUGCAAGUGACGCUGAGGACUAUAAGACAUGCUGCAGAAGGACUGCCACCACUAUGGAGAGGACCGCACGGAAGAUUAACUGCUAUAAUCCCAGCCAGUAUUCGGAUGACGACUUCGAAGAUGACGGUGUGGAGGGGAGGACCAAGCAUGAGCGCAAACUCUCCAAGGCGCACCAGAGGGAAGCGCGGCAGUCGCAAAGAAACGCGGCCAACGCCAGGGAGAGGGCGCGGAUGAGAGUGCUGAGCAAAGCGUUCUCCAGACUAAAAACCAGCCUCCCCUGGGUACCAGCGGACACCAAACUGUCCAAAUUGGACACGCUUCGACUCGCCUCGAGCUACAUCUCUCACCUGAGACAGCUUCUGCACGAUGACCGAUACGAGAACCGCUUUGCGCACCCAGUCAAUCUGACCUGGCCAUUUAUGAUGACAGGGCGCUCAGAGGACAGCCAGGACAUCUCAUCCACUGUAAGACUAUGUGGAGCCACAGCAUAGAGUCACCAGACACCAGCUUUGGUUCUUCUGGAGACCUGCAGACAAUGUAAAAAUGUUUACCCCUCUUGUCCAGCGCCCCUCUUUGGAGAACUGGCUGGUAGCUGUGACUCAACCUCCCUCUCUGCCCCCUAAACGAAGAAUCAAAUCCAACUCAACACUGUGGAUUGUGUAUUUCAGAGCAUGUCAGAUAGAGCAAUAAACACUCCCAAGUUUGUUUUCAGAUAUAUUUUCUUUUGUGCAUGUUUGCUGUAAUUAGUAUCAUCAUGUUUACACCAUGUGUAAGCUCAUUUAUAUUGGAUUUAAACUCCCACUAAUGUUUUUGUCACUUGUUAGACAGUGUUACAAAUAUUCCGGUUGAUAAAACCUUAUUUAUGUACAAUACAGUGUUGGGAGCUCUGCCUGUAUAAAGUAGCAAUGUCUAGUAUUCCUAUCUGUAUAGAUUUGGGUGUUUUUGACAGGUCUUAGAGUGCAUUUCACAAAACCACCUCACAACUCAAAAUUAUGUCUGUUUUGCUACUUUUACUUGACUCUAUGGCGAUCUCCAAGCUAAAAUGUGCCGCAGGAUUCUGCCAUGUUAUAGAUCUACAGUAUUUAUUGUGUUUGUGAUAUGUUUGUCCUUUAAUAUGUUUGCAUUUAAGAU